GGCCGCCGGCCCGGGCGCUGCGUGCCGCCGCGCCUGUGCGGGCCCUCGGGGCUGCGCGAGCAGGUUUAGGACGCUGAGCGGUGCGUCUCCGCCGCACCCGGGGGCCGUGACGGAGAUGCCUACAUAGAAGAGUGACAGCAGCUGGGCUGAAAGUUUCACGGCUGAACUGGUUCCUCAGGUAUCCUGGCUCUGGCGAUUGCUAUGGGAGAUUGGAUGACUGUUACAGAUCCAGGUCUGUCUUCAGAAAGCAAAUACAUCUCUCAAUAUACCUCAGAAACAAAGAUGUCUCCAUCAAGUUUAUACUCACAGCAAGUGCUAUGCUCUUCAAUACCUUUAUCAAAAAAUGUGCACAGUUUUUUUAGUGCCUUCUGCACAGAAGAGAAUAUUGAACAGAGUAUUUCAUAUCUUGAUCAGGAAUUGACUACUUUCGGUUUUCCUUCAUUAUAUGAAGAAUCCAAAGGUAAAGAGACAAAGAGAGAAUUAAAUAUAGUUGCUGUUUUAAAUUGUAUGAAUGAGCUACUUGUACUUCAGCGGAAGAACCUUCUAGCUCAGGAAAAUGUGGAAACACAGAAUCUGAAACUGGGAAGCGAUAUGGACCAUCUGCAGAACUGCUAUGCAAAACUUAAGGAACAACUGGAAACCUCCAGGAGAGAAAUGAUUGGUCUUCAGGAAAGAGACAGACAGUUACAAUGCAAGAACAGGAAUUUGCAUCAGCUACUGAAAAAUGAGAAAGAUGAGGUGCAGAAAUUACAAAAUAUUAUUGCAAGUCGAGCUACUCAAUAUAAUCAUGAUAUGAAGAGAAAAGAGCGUGAAUAUAAUAAACUAAAGGAACGUCUACAUCAACUUGUUAUGAACAAGAAGGAUAAAAAAAUAGCUAUGGAAGUUUUAAAUUACGUGGGGAGAGCUGAUGGAAAAAGAGGCUCCUGGAGGACGGGUAAAACUGAAGCCAGUUUCUUUCUCAGGAACGAAGAUGAAAUGUAUAAAAUUCUCUUGAAUGAUUAUGAAUAUCGUCAGAAACAAAUCCUAAUGGAAAAUGCUGAACUUAAGAAGGUUCUUCAGCAAAUGAAAAAGGAAAUGAUUUCUCUUCUUUCUCCCCAAAAGCAGAAACCUAGAGAAAGAGCAGAUGAUAGUACAGGAACUGUUAUCUCUGAUAUUGAAGAAGAUGCUGGGGAACUGAGUAGAGAGAGUAUGUGGGACCUUUCCUGUGAAACUGUGAGAGAGCAGCUUACCAACAGCAUCAGAAAACAGUGGAGAAUUUUGAAAAGUCAUGUAGAAAAACUUGAUAACCAAGUUUCAAAGGUACACGUAGAAGGUUUUAAUGAUGAAGAUGUAAUCUCACGACAAGACCAUGAACAAGAAACUGAAAAACUUGAGUUAGAAAUUCAACAGUGUAAAGAAAUGAUUAAAACUCAGCAGCAACUUUUACAGCAGCAGCUUGCUACUGCGUGUGAUGAUGACACCACUUCACUGCUACGAGACUGUUACUUGUUGGAAGAAAAGGAACGCCUCAAAGAAGAAUGGUCCCUAUUUAAAGAGCAAAAGAAGAAUUUCGAGAAAGAAAGACGAAGCUUUACAGAAGCAGCUAUUCGCCUAGGAUUGGAGAGAAAGGCAUUUGAAGAAGAAAGAGCCAGUUGGUUAAAGCAACAGUUUCUAAAUAUGACUACCUUUGACCACCAGAACUCAGAAAAUGUGAAACUUCUCAGUGCCUUCUCAGGAAGUUCUGAUCGGGACAACCCUACAGUGCACUCGAGGCCACGGCAGAAGAAGCCUCACGGUGCGCCUAGUGGGUCUCCAGUUUGCAUGUCUAAACUUACUAAGUCUCUUCCUGCUUCUCCUUCUACUUCAGACUUUUGCCAGACGCGUUCCUGUGUAUCUGAACAUAGUUCCAUCAGUGUACUAAAUACAACCCCUGAAGAAUCUAAGCCAAAUCAGGUUGGAAGAGAAUGUACAAAUCAGAAGUGGAGCGUGGCAUCAAGGCCUGAUUCACAGGAAGGUGGCUAUAGUGGACGCUCCUCGACCUACGCAAAUUCUCAUGUAGAGAAGGAUGACUUACCUUAGACAUGUGAACUGGGAUUUUUUUUUUUCAUUAACGUUCAUCAAAUUUCACAUCUGAGUUGAAACAGGGUGUGUUAUAAAGUCAGUCAUCUCUAAUAAUUUAAAGUGGUCUGUGUUGUUUGUUUGGACUUCCCUGUUCCUCCCCCAAAGAGCUAAAAUGUUAAAUCUAUUUAAAAGGAUAUAAAAGCUUUGGAUAUGUAUUUUUAGUAACAGAAGCACCUGGUUCUGUGAAUAAAGGAAUGUAUAAACGUUUGGAUGGAAACAAAGCACUAGAAUGAGUUUCCUCUUAUAGGUAUUAAAAAUAGCACUUUUAGGAAACUGAUUAUUGUAAAUGUUUAAUUUUGUCUCAUAUAGAGUUGGCAUUGGAAGUUUAGCCUUUCCUUGAAUGUAUACUGUAGCUUUUUAACAAAGCAAGUUAUAUAUUUAUUAUGUUUAGUGUGAUUUGAA